AUGGGACAUGUAGUGACUGAUACCAGCGGUUCACUUAGCCGAGGUGCUAGCCACAACCUCGAUAAGGGCAUGGGAGUGAACUGGCCUGUGGCUCAUGAAAACAAUGAUAUCCAACAGGCGGAUAGAAAUUAUGAAAAUGACCGCUUCAUUUUGGCCAGUCUCGGCGAACCUAAACGCAUCCAUCCGUGGAAUACUUUUAGAUAA